AUGUCUCAAUAUCCCCCAACUCGUCCCUGGAAAGCUCCCAGCUCCAUUGACCGGGAGGACGAGUCAGUACUCCUUUACAAAGAUGAACGCGAGCAAUGGUAUCGAGACCAUCCACAUGUAGUUCCUCAGACCGCAAAGAGGAGUGGCAAAAAGAGCCUACGUCCCUUUGCAGACCGGGGUCCCAGCAUGGCUGAAAGUCUUCGUGGCAUUGCGGAACGAGGUGCAGCUCGCCGCAAUGGAGCUACCGUGAACAAGAAUAAUACUUCUACCAAACCAUUGCCACCGAUUCCCCAGGAAUCUUCUGAGCCGGCCACCACAGUUGGCCAGGAGGGUGUCUUCCAACGUUCUGAUAGUGAUCUCAACAAAAUGAACAUUCGUUACGUGCUUAACGGAUCGGACAUGCAAGGCCACCAGGCCAAAACUUCAUUCUCCCAACAAGAAGCUUCUCAGCCUGCUACCGAGGUUGGCCAGGAUUCAAUCGCCAAUGGCUCUGUGCACUCUAGUGUAAAGAUGAAUCCGAAUUUGCUUCUCAAGGAGACCAAGCUGCCAGGUUACUCGGACGAGACUCCACCACCCAUUGUACCCAUUUCGGAUAGCCACUACGACCCACAGGCUGUUUACCACAUCCAAUCCUCUGUCCACCGUGGCUUGGCAUUGGCUGCUCUAAGUUGUGCUUCUCCACCUGAGGCCUCUUAUGCCGAAGCCAAUUCCAGUCCCCACCACCACGGUCAUAGUGCAACUUCGUGGUACGAAGAUUCACCACCAGAUUCCCCAGCUGCAGGAGCUCCCAGUGCUACCCCAGUGCGCGAAAUUCAGCAAGAAUGCCAAUUCACGGCAGUGGAUAAUCCUGCUAUUCGAGUGCCUGAUCAAGAUUUCACUCCAGCGCAGUUCCCAACCAUCAAGGAAAUGCUUGCCUUGAUCGAUCGGGAGAAGGAAAAUUGCCGACCUGCAAAUGAAGCUCCCAAUCCAGGAAGUUCAUCUUCUGCUUAUUGUCUCGCUCCUCCCAAUUCGGCAUCUACAAAUAUCUACCAUGCGGAUCAAACAACUGGUUCUGAUUACCAGGCUCCUGGCUUUGUCAUUCGUAAUGCUGAGAGUCCCCAAUUUGCGAGCCCCGGUACUAUUCAAGAAGUUACACCUACGAUGGCUAUGUGGACCCCAUCGCCUUCUUGUCUCAACGGAUGUUGUGCUUCUGAUAUGCCGCCUCAAGAGCCACCCGUGCUGGCUCCGUCUUCUCCUCCUUUCGUUCCUCUCCAAGAGAUUUCUGCUUGGGAUUCGGACAAGUCCGACAAGGUUGAUAAUGGUCGCCUUGUAUUGGUUGGACAUCCAAUUCUUCGGGAAUUUGAACUCGGUUCGGACAUCUUCGACGAGAAUGACAGCAGCGUCACUGUAACCUUCGAAGCUCAGGUUGAUUGGGACGAUACUACUCCUGAUUCCCCUCUGCUGGACUCACCUCCGUCUCCAGUUCCAUCCCCUCCUUCUCCCGAGCGUCGUCCCAGUGAUCCCUGCGAAUACUCCUAUCCCUAUGCCCCUCGGGUUGGAAUCUCUCCAUCCUGCAACAUUCCCCUUGAUCCCCGCCUUACGGAGCCUCUUUUCCGUCCGGACUACAUGUCAUCUCCUACCAGCUACCCAGCAUGGUUGAGACCAACCGACAUGGACAAUGUCGACCAGUCUCUUGUCCCACCGCAUUUGAACGUUACAAAGAAGAGUCCUACCUUCGUCAUGGAUGUCCCAGUCCAUGACGUUUCCCAGCAUCAGACGGCCGUUCAUGCGUCUGAGCCUACCAACGAAGAACGUAGCUAUGCAGCUUCCUUCGUCGGCAAUGAGUCCAGUGUCAACACCCCCUCCAGCUAUGCAACUCUGAGUCGUGCCAGCCGAAGCCCCGAUGUCUCCAGUUCUGAGGGCUCCGUGGACUCUCGUGGAACCAAGCGCAAGCGAUUUACCAAGAACCUCUUUGGUAAGAAAGGAUAUCUUGAAGACAAUGAGGGACCACGCGACCAGAAAUUCAAAUUCAUCAAGGGGGCCCUCCAAAAGGGACAUUCAACCAUUGGCAGUAUCAAGGGAAUAUUUUGGGAUGAGAACCGAGCUAUGAUCAACCCAUCCAAGCCUAGCAUCGUCACAGAGAACACUGCGCCCAUUACUCUGGGCACCGAUGUGCAAUCAAUUCUGUACGCUGAGAUUGAGAACAUGAUCACUCACGCGGCCAAUGAAUUCCUGAUGAAGGAGUAUUAUGAUGGCCACCUCACUACCAGUUCUCUCAACAAGGUGAAAAGACGAUGGGAAAAGAAGAACAUGCCCGGUGUCCCUCAAUUCCGCUUCGACCAAUACACCCAGUACAAGCUUAUCAGCGCAAACCGGGACAAUCUCAACUUCGGCAAAGCGAGCAAUGGCAUUCCGCCAUACAUUGUUCUUCGCAGCUGGAAAAAGAUUUGCAAGAGCAUGUCCAUCCGCACCUUUGUGGCCCCGGAUUCGGUCGUCAAGAAGCAUAUCCACGAUAUCCUGGAUUUGCUGGAGAUUUUGAAGGCCCAUGAGUGCCACCUAGAGCUGAUCAUGGCUCUCGAUGCGCACGUUCGUGGAGAAAUAAAGAAGCAUGAGGUGAUGCAGCGCUACCGAGACACUCAGAACUCGGCAAGCUCUCGCUCUUAA